AUGGCCGACUCGUGUCCUGAAGGUGUGUCGGCCGCCUUGGGCGGGAAGAGGCAACAGUUCGGCAGCCGGUUCUUGAGCGACCCAGCGCGCGUCUUCCACCACAAUGCCUGGGACGAUGUGGAGUGGUCGGAAGAGCAGGCCGCGGCGGCAGAGAGGAAAGUGCAGGAGAACAGCUCUCAGCGGGUGUGCCCAGAGAAACAAGUUGAUUAUGAAGUCAAUGCCCAUAAAUACUGGAAUGACUUCUACAAAAUUCAUGAAAAUGGAUUUUUCAAGGAUAGACACUGGCUUUUUACUGAAUUCCCCGAACUGGCACCUAGCCAAAAUCAAAAUCACUUGAAGGAUUUAAUGUUGGAGAACAAAAGGAAUGAAAUCUCUGCAUGUAGAAGCAGUGAAGAUGGACAUGGAUUAACAGUGGGAGAACAACACAAGUGUUUUUCUAGCACCCUUGAACAUACAGCACAGGUGUUUUCUGUGGAGGAGACUGUAACACAGAAACUCAGUCACCUGGAAAUUUGUGCUGAUGAGUUUCCUGGAUCCUCAGCCACUUACCGAAUACUUGAGGUUGGUUGUGGUGUGGGAAAUACAGUCUUUCCAAUYUUACAAACUAACAAUGACCCAGGCCUCUUUGUUUACUGUUGUGAUUUUUCUUCCACAGCUGUGGAACUAGUCCAGGUAAGAAGUCCACAGGCUUUUAGGGAUAUGCGGCAGGGAAAAGGAGCCCUUUUCCUAAGGAGGCCUAAUCUUUCUUUCCUUCUUCCCCUCAGGAUGCAAAAAGCUAUCAAUAGGCUGAGCAGACUUCUGAAGCCUGGAGGAAUGAUGCUUUUGCGAGAUUAUGGUCGCUAUGACAUGGCCCAGCUGCGGUUUAAAAAAGGUCAGUGUUUAUCUGAAAAUUUCUAUGUGAGAGGUGAUGGAACCAGAGUUUACUUCUUCACACAAGGUAUGAAAAAGAUGAUCU